ACAUUAUCCCAGUGAUCUUCAGUGGCUUUCAGUAAACCGCCCCUCCCACCCUCCCACCCAUCCAUCUCUCCCAUCCAUCCCUCCCAUCUUACUUAUAUAUCCCCUGCUUUAUCACACGGCGUUGCCUGCAUCUACUAUACUUGAGACCCAUCGGACUCCGGCGGCUCCACAACUCAAAUCGAACCUCGCUUCCUCCUUACCAUUCGAGGGAGACGAAAAGGGAAGACCUCGAGACGCUGGCGGACUUGCUGGGAUCUCUCACUCGCCUACGCUGCUGUCCAACGCCACAUCUGCCUGCCCUUGAGAGGAGAUAUAUAUUGUCACCAUUCAACAUGACCACCAAUCAUCUCCCCGAAAGCGACGUCGCCAAGUACGACUACAUCGUCGUCGGCGGUGGUACUGCGGGCUGCGUCGUCGCAUCGAGGCUUGCCGAGUACCUUCCUCGGAAGAACAUCCUCCUCAUCGAGGCUGGCCCCAGCGACCUGACCGAUGAGCGUGUCCUCGAUCUACGUAGGUGGCUAAGUCUGUUGGGCGGAGAGCUUGACUACGACUACGGCACCACUGAACAGCCCAAUGGCAAUUCUCAUAUCCGACACUCGCGGGCCAAGGUUCUUGGAGGCUGUUCCUCCCAUAACACCCUCAUCUCCUUCCGCCCCCUCCAAUAUGACCUCGACAUCUGGCAGUCCCUCGGCGCCAAAGGCUGGACUUUCCCACUCUUCAUGCGCCUUCUCGACCGCCUCCGUACCACCGUGCAGCCCGUCCAUGCCCGCCACCGCAACCAGCUCUGCAAGGACUGGGUCCAGUCCUGCAGUGACGCCCUGAAUAUCCCUAUCAUCUCCGACUUCAACCGCCACAUCAAGGAGACUGGCUCCCUGGACGAGGGCGUCGGUUUCCUGUCCAUCUCUUACAACCCGGACAAUGGUUACCGCUCGUCCGCCUCGGUAGCCUACAUCCAUCCCAUCCUCCGCGGGGACGAGCCACGUCCCAACCUCACCGUCCUCACCAACGCCUGGGUCUCCCGUGUCAACGUCGCAGGCGAUUCCGUCGCCGGUGUCAACCUGACCCUGCAGGACGGCACGCGCCGCACCCUCGCCGCCAAGGCUGAGACCAUCCUCUGCGCCGGCGCCAUCGACACCUCGCGUCUGCUGCUGCACUCGGGUAUCGGCCCGGCCGCCCAGCUCUCCGGGCUCGGAAUCCCCGUCGUCCGCGACAUUCCCGGUGUCGGCGAGAACCUCCAGGACCACCCGGAGAGCAUCAUCAUGUGGGAGCUCAACAAGCCCGUCCCGCCCAACCAGACGACCAUGGACUCCGACGCGAGCAUCUUCCUCCGCCGCGAACCUCCCAACGCUGGCGCCAUACCGAGCGCUGCCAACCCGUACGGCCUCUCCGACGGCGGCGUCACCGACCUCAUGAUGCACUGCUACCAGAUCCCCUUCACGCUCAACACCCUGCGUCUCGGCUACCCCGACGUGAAGGACGGCCAUGCCUUCUGCAUGACCCCGAACAUCCCCCGUCCCCGGUCCCGCGGUCGGCUCUACCUCACCUCGGCCGACCCCAACGUCAAGCCGGCGCUCGACUUCCGCUACUUCACCGACCCGGGAGGCUACGACGCCGCCACCCUUGUCUACGGCAUGCGCGCCGCCCGCGAGGUCGCGCAGCAAUCCCCCUUCAAGGACUGGAUCAAGCGCGAGGUCGCGCCGGGCCCGGAGGUGCAGUCCGACGAGGAUCUCAGCAAUUACGCCCGCCGCGCGGCCCACACCGUCUACCAUCCCGUCGGCACCACCCGGAUGGGCGACGUCGCGAGGGACGGCAUGGCCGUCGUCGAUGAGCGGCUGCGGCUACGGGGGCUGCGCGGUGUGCGCAUCGCUGAUGCCGGCGUCUUCCCUACCAUUCCUACCAUCAAUCCCAUGCUCACGGUGCUGGGCGUUGGCGAGCGGUGUGCUGAGAUGAUUCUCGAAGAGACGGAGGCUCUCGAGGCGCAGAAGGCACAGCCCAAGCUGUAAUUUUUAUUUCUUUAU